AUUAUUCUUAUUCCUUUUUAUGGGCCUUUUUGUUUAUCUGCCACGUGGUGCAGCAGAGACGGUGUGGUUCAGGUAGAUCUCAAACCCAGGUAGCAGUAUCUAACGGCUAGGAAAGAACUGACCCUAUUUUUCAUUUCUUCAACCUCUAGGGUUUCAACUGUCAACAUCCCCAAAACCCCAUUGUCCAUUUCCUUUCUCUGUGUCCCAAUCUCAAUCAAAGCCAUUCCUUUACUGCCUUUUAUCCACUCUCAGGCACUUGACCCACUUCUCCAAUUCAAUCAUCCAGAAAGCAAGCAACCAAGCUCUCAACUUUGUCAAGUAUGUUUCUGUAAGUAUCAUCUUUCUCUCUCUCUCUCUCUUUUUCUCUGUAUCUAUCACAGGACUCAAGCUUCUCAUUGGCUGUAAAAUCAAGUUACAGUUUCAAAAUAUUCUACUUUGUAUAGUACCACAAGAAUAAUAAUAGAAUUCUUCAGUCGUUUGUGUGUGAGGGAGACACAGAGAAGAAUAAAGUUUCAUUCUUCUAUAUUAUAUGGGGAAAUCAGGAGGUAGAAAAAAGAAGGGUGGUUCAAACCAGGUUUCAGUUGAUAACAAUUCCAGUAUUGCAACUGCGCAUGCUAAUGGUGGUGUUGAUUUAGACUCUUCUAUAUUUUUGAAGAGAGCCCAUGAGCUCAAGGAAGAAGGCAAUAGGAAGUUUCAGAAUAAGGACUAUGUAGCUGCUCUUCAACACUAUGAUAAUGCUCUUAGGCUUAUCCCCAAAACCCACCCUGACCGAGCUGUCUUUCACAGCAAUAGAGCUGCCUGUUUGAUGCAAAUGAAACCCAUUGAUUAUGACACUGUCAUUGCUGAGUGUACUAUGGCGCUUCAGGUUCAGCCUUGCUUUGUCCGAGCUCUUCUUAGGAGGGCUCGGGCUUUUGAGGCCAUUGGAAAGUAUGAAAUGGCCAUGCAGGAUGUGCAGCUCUUGUUGGGGGCUGACCCCAAUCUCAAGGAUGCUUUAGAGAUAGCCAGUAGAUUAAGGACUGCUCUGGGUCCUCGCCAGGAGGCUCAACAAGACCUCCAGAGGCGCCCUUCCCCAGCUGCACUUGGGGCUUCUGCUAUUCGUGGUGCCCCGAUUGCUGGCCUUGGGCCUUGUUUACCUGCUCGCCCAUUGCCUAAGAAGACAACAGCAUCAUCUUCUGCAGCAUCGGUUGUCUUACCAAGUAAUAAGCUUGAGAAGUACCAAAUGAAUUCAGCAGCUGAAAAUGGUCCUGAGAACAAGGCCCAGUUGCCAAGACUCGUGCUGAAGCCCUCUAGUGGUUCUUUGAAAGCAACUGAUAAUCUGAGUAAGGAUGGCCAGAGAGAACAGUCUUUCUAUGCUUCGAUUCAUGGGCAGGUUCUGGAGGUGGCAAUUAAAUGGAGGCCAUUGAAACUUGUUUACGAUCAUGACAUAAGACUUUCCCAAAUGCCAGUUAAUUGCAGCUUCAAAGUGUUAAGAGAGAUUGUGAGCAAACGUUUUCCUUCAUCCAAGUCAGUUUUGAUCAAAUAUAAGGAUAAUGAUGGAGAUUUGGUAACUAUUACCUGUACGACAGAACUCAGAUUGGCAGAGUCUUCUGCAGAUGCUCCUAUUUUAAAAGAGUCGGAAGCAGAUAAAACCAGUGGAUUUGGGAUGUUGAGAUUGCACAUUGUUGAGGUGAGUCCAGAGCAGGAGCCACCGUUACCAGAAGAAGAGGAGGAGAAGCCUUUAGAGAGUGAUGGGGCCAAGGCAGAUGAAAGUGGCUCUCACUCAUCUCUUGGUGAUACAGUGUCAGAAGGUUUUGAUACUGAGAUUGAAAAGACAGGAAAAGAAAGUUCAAAGGAAAAAGUAGGGGCUUCAGAUGAUCCAGAGUGCAAGGAAGUGGGGAUGGAUGAUUGGCUGUUUGAGUUUGCUCAGCUUUUCCGCACGCAUGUGGGUAUUGACCCUGAUGCUCAUAUUGACUUGCAUGAACUUGGGAUGGAGCUUUGUUCAGAGGCUCUUGAGGAGACAGUUACAAGUGAGGAAGCUCAAAUCCUCUUUGACAAAGCUGCUGCCAAGUUCCAAGAGGUGGCUGCGUUGGCUUUCUUUAACUGGGGAAAUGUUCAUAUGUGUGCUGCAAGGAAACGGAUUCCUUUAGAUGAGUCUGCUGGCAAGGAGGUAUUGUCAGCAAAACUUCAAGUGGCUUAUGACUGGGUCAGGGAAAAGUACUCUUUGGCGAGGGAGAAGUAUGCAGAAGCACUCUUAAUCAAGCCGGACUUUUAUGAAGGGCUUCUGGCACUGGGACAGCAGCAAUUUGAAAUGGCCAAACUUAAUUGGUCUUUUGCUCUUGCAAAGAAAAUAGAUCUCUCAAGCUGGGAUCCUGCAGAGACACUUCAACUUUUUGACAGUGCGGAGGAGAAGAUGAAAGCUGCGACUGAAAUGUGGGAGAAGUUGGAGGAACAGAGAGUAAAUGAGUUGAAAGAUCCAAAUUCCAGUGAGGAGUUGAAGUUAAGGAAGACACCUGGAAGUGGUGCUGAAAGUGGGCUCUCAGGAGCUGGUAGUCAGGGUGAGCUUUCAGCUGAGGAAGCAGCACAACAAGCAGCUGUAAUGAGAUCACAAAUACAUCUUUUUUGGGGCAACAUGCUCUUUGAACGAUCCCAAGUUGAAUGCAAAUUAGGAAUGGAUGGUUGGAAAAAAAAUCUUGAUACUGCUGUUGAGCGCUUCAAGCUUGCUGGAGCAUCUGAAGCUGACAUUUCUACUGUUUUGAAGAACCAUUGCUCAAAUGGAGAUGCUGUGGAAGCAGAUGAAAAGAAUGCUGUUGCUGAAGCAGAGAGCAGCGAGGUCAAUCAAACAUCUGAAAAGUGAUACAGAUUUUAUUGUUUUCCAUCUCUUUGAUGGCUUUGGUGAGUUCACCCAGAGUAUGAGUUGGUUAAUGGAAGUGCAUUUUCCUCAUUUGCUGGGAGUGAUUUUUCCUUGCAAAUUAAUAUUUGGGGCCCAAAAUUGAUGAGUGGUGUACUUGAAAGAUUUUGGGUUUUAAGGUUUCUGUUUUAACCUUGAAAAUGACCUUUCUUUUUCACAUUGAUUACAAUGCCAAUGAGUUUUUCAAUAAGCAAAUAUGCGUGAUCCAAUUCAAAUCUUACUUGAGUUCAAUAAGCAAUACAGAUGAGUUUUUCGUUAUUAAUAAUAUUAUAAUUUUAUUAUUCACGCCAAAAUCCACGAAAGAGUUUAUUGUAUCAAUGACUUCUCAAUGUGGAGAGUGGAAAGUCCGGGCUGCAUUCAUUGCAUAGUGACCAUGAUUUGUAUUGGCAAUUUGGCAUGC